AUGAUAAAAAUUUUGAAAUUAAUAUAAAGAAAAUGAAAGAAUUUGCAAAAUAUAAUAGCAAAAGAAAGUAUAAAGUUACUGAUUUAAUUGAGAUUAUGAUGAAUCUAACAAAGUUUGAAGGUGUUAAAAAUGAAAUG